GAUAAGAAAUUUGUCGAAGAACAUUCAAAUGGAAUUGUCAAGGAUUUAGCAAAAAAGCGUGAAGAAAAAAUUGAGCGCUACAAAAGAGAAAAAGAGACCAAAGCAAAACUAGAGAUGUUGCAACAACAGCUAAUCUCGACUAAAGAUGAUGACAAGGAAGAUAUUAACCGCGAAUAUAUUUUAACCCUUAUCAAUCACUUUAUUCAAAAAUCCAUUGAACAAUUGUUGUUGAUUAAACAAGAAAUUGAUUUGUUGAAUCAAAUGCGCCUGAUGGAGUCAGGACAAGGUUCUUCCGUAGAGAUGAAAGAUGAUACUAGGAUAGAAACUCCACUUCGUCCAUUCGUUAUUACAAACCAACGUGAAGCAAUAAAAGAACAAGUGUUUCGUCCAAGUUGGCGACUUCCCACAAUGACAAUUGACGAAUAUCUUCAACAAGAGGCCCAACGAGGCAACAUCAUUCAAGGAGGAGGAGAAAAGUAUGUUAAUGCACAAUGGAUUUUAAUAGUUGAAGUUGAUGAUGAUGAUGAAAAAGCCAUUGAUGAAGAAACUUAUAAAGCCCGUGAAUGGGAUGAAUUUAAGGAUUCAAAUCCGCGCGGUUGGGGUGAGUUUUAUUGA